AUGGCUUCGAUCGUCGUCGGCGAUGUCCUCCCGGAUGGAGAAUUGGCUUGGUUCGAUGAGAGCGACCAAUUGCAUAUGAUCCCCGUACACUUGCUUGCCGCCGGCAAGAAGGUCGUCCUCUUCGGAGUCCCCGGAGCUUUCACACCUAUUUGCAGCAUGAAACAUGCCCCUGGUUUCAUUGAGAGUGCGGAGGAACUCAAAUCCAAAGGCGUUGACGAGAUCCUCCUCAUCGGCGUUAAUGAUCCAUUUGUGAUGAGGGCAUGGGCUAAGUGGUAUCCUGAGAACAGGCAUGUGAAAUUCCUAGCUGAUGGUUCUGGCACUUACACUCACGCCCUUGGGCUGGAAUUGGAUCUCUCUGAUCUGGGUCUGGGCGUUCGAUCGCGAAGGUUUGCUCUCCUUGUCGAUAACCUAGUGGUGACAGUUGCAAACAUUGCAGAAGGGCGAGAAAUCACUAUAUCCGGUGCGGAAGAUAUCCUGAAGGUCCUCUAGAAAUCACUA